AUGUCAAAAGACGGCGACGCGCCCGCGCCCGCGCCCGCGGUCCCGGCCUCGCCCUCGGCCCCAGGUCCAGCCGCGACUGCGAGCCCACCCAUCGCCACGUCAGAGGUGCCUGCCACGCGCGACGCCGAUGCCGACGCCGAGGACGCCGGCACGACCGCGGCCGGAGAAGCUCACGCAACCGACACAACCGAGACGGGGCAAACGGAAUCUGACCCAGACCCGAAGGCAAAGCGCAAGGCGCCCCCCGCCGGGCUGCAGCUGCAGGACGUGCCGCCGCCCGACGCGCGCCGGAUUGAGGUGCGUUAG